AUGCUCGGCCUUCAGAAGUCUCCAACGGCAGUGGCUGGAUCGAAUUUGCGAUCCACCAUAUUCAUCACAACCGCACUUCUUUUGGGCUACAUCUUCAUUUUCCGCCCUAUACGGAACAUCUUUUUCCAUCCACUCAAGAAGUAUCCUGGGCCCAAACUCUUUGCUGCAUCCUCGAUUCCUUAUGGUGUAUGGUAUAUGACAGGCAAAUGGCAUACCAAGAUCCGCCAGUUGCACGCCACGUACGGCCCUGUCGUCCGUAUUGGACCGAAGGAGUUAUCGUAUGCUACCCCAGAGGCAUGGGAGGACAUAUAUGGUCGUUACGUGCCGGCCAAGCGCAAAGAGAAUCCGAAACCAACGUGGUACUGCAGCCCGGACGCCCACGAUAUGGUCGGCGCCAGUUUGGGUGAUCAUGGCCGCAUGCGCCGCGUCAUGGCACCGGGCUUCACCUACAGCGCCAUGUGCAAGCAAGAGCCUCUGAUCAAAACUCAUGUCGAUUUGUUCCUUUCUAAGCUGCACGACAUGUGCGAUCAAGGAAAAGCGACGAUCAACAUUCUCGAGUGGUUCACCUACUGCACCUUCGACCUGAUUGGAGACUUGUCGUUUGGUGAACCCUUUGGGUGUUUGGAAAACGCCAUGUUGCACCCAUGGCUUCAGCUCGUCUUUGCGAACAUUUAUGUCACGCACAUAAUCUUGCUGUGCAAGCGUAUCCCCUUCUUCUACAUCUUUCUGCCUGUCAAGACGACUCUUCAGUUGUAUCGCGAUUUUAACCGACACGUCGUUCUCCUACGCCAAGUCGUUGAGCGCAGAUUGUCACUAACAACACCGCGCCCUGACUUUAUGGAGAUCAUGACGUCGAAGCAGAGCAACACUCUUUACAUGACCAAAGAGGAGAUUUUCAAGAACGCCAUACUUCUUACCGGUGGCGGCGCAGAGACCACUUCCAGCAGCCUCACGGGUAUGGCGUUCAUCCUGACGACCAGGCCUGACGUCAAACAACGUAUCGUCGAAGAACUGCAUGCAACUUUCCCGACCGAGGAAGACAUUAACAUGCGAAGCGUCGCGCAGCUGAAGUACACGGGCGCCUUCAUCGAAGAAGCGAUGAGGUACUAUCCCCCGGGCCCAAAUACCAUGUGGCGCACGACUCCCGCUGGCGGCAACACCAUCCUUGGCGAAUACAUUCCUGGAAACACCAUUCUCGGCAUUCCACAUCGCGUCUUGUACCGCAGUGAAGCAUAUUGGAAGCAUGCUGAUGAAUUCCAUCCCGAGCGCUGGUUACCAGAUGGCGAGCGUCCGGCCGAGUUUGACCAGGACCGUCGCGAGGGGUUCCACCCGUUCUCUUACGGCCCGCGUGCCUGCAUCGCCAUGAACUUGGCCUACGCGGAGAUGCGUUACAUCCUCGCUCGAUUCUUGUGGAACUUUGACAUCGAGGGCACGGAGCAGAGUAAAGGUUGGAUGGACAAUCAGAAGGCGUACUUGGUGUGGGACAAACCGGGGCUGUUUGUGCGCUUGACACCAGUUGCGAAAGAGAGCGUAGUAGGGUGA